GGAUACAGGGGAAUUACAUGCUUCAUAGUAGAUCGCGACACAGAGGGGCUACAUGUAGGGAAGAAGGAAGACAAGCUUGGAAUCAGAGCAUCUUCUACCUGUCCAGUAACGUUUGAAAACGUUAAGGUUCCUGAGACCAAUAUCCUGGGACAGGUUGGACAAGCCUAUAAGUAUGCAAUUGGAAUGCUAAAUAUUGGCAGAAUAGGUAUUGCUGCACAGAUGUUGGGACUGGCACAGGGCUGUUUUGAUCACACAAUUCCCUAUACAAAGGAAAGAGUCCAGUUUGGGAAAAGCAUAUUCGACUUCCAGGGAAUGCAACAUCAGAUAGCUCAGGUGGCCACACAGUUGGAGGCAGCAAGGCUGCUGACCUACAACGCAGCCCGUCUUGUGGAAACAGGAAGGCCGUUCAUAAAGGAGGCAAGCAUGGCCAAGUACUACGCUGCUGAGGUUGCAACCCUGACAACCAGUAAAUGUAUUGAAUGGAUGGGUGGCGUUGGAUUCACAAAAAAUUAUCCAAUAGAAAAGUAUUAUCGUGACUGCAAGAUAGGUACAAUAUAUGAAGGAACUUCAAAUAUCCAGUUGAGCACCAUUGCAAAAAGCUUAGCAAAGGAGUACUGA